AUGGUGACAUUGGGUGAUUUCAAGUCCUGUGUUGGCCUUGGUGUUGGUGUUAGUGUUGAAAUUUGGAUUGCUUCCCCUUGCCCCAAAACUUAUUCAGAGUUUGUAAAAGUAAAACUAACCCAGAUCACAUUAUUGACAUCUCAACAACAAAAAACAGCUACAGCUGUUGCCCACUGCAAACAAGGCAAUGGACUUUUGAAGGUCAACGGUCAUCCUCUGGAGCUUGUCCAGCCCCAGGCCCUUCAGUCAAAGCUCCUUGAGCCCGUGAAUCUUCUGGGCAAGGAUCGCUUUGCUGGUGUUGACAUCAGGGUUCGAGUCAAGGGAGGAGGACGUGUAGCACAGAUCUAUGCUAUCAGGCAAGCCAUCUCCAAGUCUCUUGUUGCCUAUUACCAAAAGUUCGUUGACGAAGCAUCCAAGAAAGAGAUCAAGGACAUCCUCAUCCAAUACGACCGAUCACUCCUCGUCGCCGACCCCAGGCGCUGCGAGCCCAAGAAAUUCGGCGGUCCAGGACCCCGCGCCCGCUACCAGAAGUCCUACCGUUAACACCAGGAAGGAUGGCUCUGGUGAUACUGGUACCAUAGGGGGGACACUGGUCCAAGGUCUUGUCAUUGAGGUCUUGGUCUACGGACACACUCAUCGGCUGUGGGGGGUUUCAUGCGCUAUUUGCUCAUGACGGCAAUUGUGGUUGCAUCGUAAGACGGAAUAAAUACAAUAUGUAAAUUCA